AAUAGUACCUCGUCGGUGGUUCGGUGCUGGACGGAGAAAAAUGAGUAUUUUCCGUAAUCAUUUUUUUCUUCUUCAUAAAAAGUAAAAUAUUAAAAUUAUAAAAGAUAAUUAGUGCAAAAUAUAAAAUUUUUUAAAUUUAAUGAAAACACGUGUCAAUUCUCACCUGUUUGUAUACGCGGUUGCGUCCAAUUUUAAUUGAGACACAUUCCGACUUCUUUUAGAAGAGUCGAAGUAUGCCUACUUUAAUUUCAACACACUCAUUAAUGGAAAAAGAGACAAAUGUAGAUUUGGCAAGUAGAGAUUAGAUAAGGUUUACACUUGACAUUUGAAUUAGCACAUAGGUCAAAAUUAGCUUAAAUUAUUAUUGUGCUUUUGAUGAUUACAAGAAAAAAAAGUGAACUGAAACGUUUAACUUGAUGCGAGGAGAAGAAAGAUCUAUAACAAAAUGAGAACCAGAAAGACCAUUGCCAUUCUUGGAGUGGGUCUGAUCCUUGCUUGUUGCAUAAUGAUCUAUCUGAUGAUGGAUCUGACCCUCUUUCCACCUGGACAAGAUUCUAAACUUUCCAUAAAUGAUAAUCAGUGGCUCCACUUUGAAAACAGACUCGCAAAAUUGGAAAAGGAUUUUGACAAGCAUCACAAAGUCAUGAAUGCUCUACAGGAACAGGCAGCAAAAAUCAAACACAAUUUUAUACCAGUUGUACAAACAGUCAACCGCUCAAAUAAUUAUGAUGCCAUUGUUCCACACCUGGGAAAGAGCCUCAUGUGUAACUUCAAUAUUCAAAAGGUUCCAGAAGUCGACAUACAAAUGUUAGAGCUGUACAAACAAUUGGAGUUUGAUAAUACGGAUGGUGGGGUUUGGAAGCAGGGCUGGAAUAUCGUCUAUGAUGAGAAACAGUGGCACCCUAACAGAAAGCUGAAGGUAUUCGUCGUGCCUCAUUCGCAUAACGACCCUGGAUGGCUAAACACUUUCGAAAAGUAUUAUAUAUUCCAAACCAGAAGCAUAUUGAACAAUAUGGUGACCAAACUGAGCGAAGACAGGAGACGCAAGUUUAUUUGGGCAGAAAUAUCAUUUUUUAAGCUCUGGUGGGACGAUCAGUCCAAGGUCAUCAGAGACGAGGUGCGUCGUCUGAUACACGACGGACAAUUGGAAAUUGUGUCUGGUGGAUGGGUCAUGCCAGACGAAUCCGUAUCGCACUGGAUCGCUCAGCUGACCCAAUUGACCGAGGGUCAUCAGUGGCUCAAGUAUAAUUUGGAUUACACCCCGAACUCUGGCUGGGCCAUCGAUCCCUUCGGCCUCUCUCCCACCAUGCCGUAUCUCUUGAAGAGUUCGGGCUUGGAGAACCUAUUGAUACAGAGAGUUCAUUAUUCGGUGAAGAAGAAACUAGCCAGGGACAAGAAUCUGGAGUUUCGCUGGAGGCAAUUGUGGGACAGCGAUGGCUCCACAGAACUGUUCACUCAUGUUAUGCCGUUUUACAGUUACGACAUUCCUCACACAUGCGGACCAGAUCCGAAAGUGUGCUGCCAAUUCGAUUUCUACAGGAUGCAGAACUUCGGGCUGAGCUGUCCAUGGAAGAUUCCACCCAAAACCAUCACCAAUGCUAAUGUGGCAGAGAGGGCUAUGCUCUUGUUGGAUCAGUAUCGCAAGAAAGCGCAGCUUUUCAAGACCGAGGUGGUUUUCGCGCCUUUAGGCGACGACUUCAGGUAUACACAUGUGGCUGAGUGGGAGGCUCAGUACGAUAAUUAUCAGAAGCUCUUCAACUACCUAAAUGAAAAUCCGCGCCUGAACGUUCAGAUACAAUUUGGAACUCUGAACGAUUACUUCGAGGCGGUCAGGGAGAAGCGCAACCUGAAUGAGUUUCCGACUCUCUCCGGCGAUUUCUUCACCUAUUCCGACAGGGAUGAUCAUUAUUGGAGCGGUUACUAUACUUCUAGGCCUUUCCACAAACGAUUGGAUCGUGUAUUACUGGCUUCCUUACGAGGAUCAGAAGCAUUGGCCGCUAUAGCCUGGGCCAAAGGUAACGAUCAAUUGGUGGAGGGAAACCUCGCGUCCCGUUUGAGCAAGGCCAGAAUGUGGCAUUCCCUGUUUCAACAUCAUGACGGAGUUACUGGAACUGCCAGAGACAAUGUUGUGAUAGAUUACGCCCAAAAGAUGAUAAUGGCGUUGAACAACUCUGCUCAUGUACUUCAACAAUCUAUUGCUCAUUUGUUGAAAACUCCGCAAGUAUCGCCCAUAGAUACGGAAACUGUGUAUUUCUCAUUAGACGAAACUAGGUCGCAUCACACGAGUGCAGGUGAGAAGCACGUUCUUAAUCUGGGUGACGAUAACCCUUCGAGAAAGAUUAUCUUGUACAAUUCUCUCCCGAGGCAGAGGACGAAGGUGCAAACUUUGAUUGUAUCAACGCCGUUUGUCAGAGUUACAGAUCGAAGAGGUCAGAUCGUCAAGUGUCAAGUGUCCCCGGUUUGGAUCGGUUCGGCCGCAUUGUCUGCGGCCAGAUACGAGCUAUCGUUUUUAGUCACCGUACCAGGAUUUGGUAUCACUACUUACAUAGUUCACGCGCUGCACAAGACAUCGUACACGAAGGAAGUGUAUCCAGCUAAUGUCACCAUCUUCAAUACUGACAUUACCCUUUUGUCGGUGCCUGGUUUCGGUCCUCUGACGAUUCUACCGCACAUGCAAGAGUUCUCGAUCAGUCAACGACCAGAAUUGUCCGCCUCGUUUGGGAAGUCUGGUCUGUUGAAGGCUCUGCGAGUCGGCAACGUUACGUUUCCUAUACACUUGGACUUCGUGAAAUAUGGCACCAGGGGCUCCGGCAAGGACAAAAGUGGCGCCUAUUUAUUCCUGCCCGACAAACCGGAACCGGAUCCGGUGUUUAUGGACAGUAGGACGAUCGUUCACCUGGUGACCGGACCAAUCCUGUCGAGGGUGUUCAUAGAAUUGGCUCACGUGCGACAUACCUGCACGUUGUUUAAUUCUCCUGGUAGCGACGGACUCGGAUUGCACAUAUUAAAUGAGGUCGACAUAACGGAAAUGCAAAAUUAUGAGCUUGCGAUGCGUUUCAACACGGAUAUCGCAUCCGGCGAUCAAUUCUUCACGGAUCUAAAUGGGCUCAAUAUGAUCCGACGACAAAGAUUCCCUAAGCUUCCCACACAAGGCAAUUACUAUCCAAUGGCAGCAAGUGCAUAUAUAGAAGAUAAAAGAGUUAGAUUAACAAUCUCCACAGCGCAGCCAUUAGGUGUAGCCUCUAUGGCAUCUGGUCAACUUGAGAUCAUGCAAGACAGAAGAUUACUCCAGGAUGAUAAUCGAGGAUUGGGGCAGGGCAUAAUGGACAAUUUGCUGACAAAUCACAUGUUCACGUUGACCUUGGAAAGGAAGGAGGGCACUUGUCCCUCUGCUGUACCAUCGGUUAAUCAUCCAGCGGGACUGUUGUCUCUAAGUGGCCACUUAGCUUCGGAAGAGUUGCUGCAUCCAAUUGUGGCUCUGCAUCCGCGAAAUUCUCUGUCAUUCGACCUGCACGCCCACUUCUCGCCCCUUCGAUACGAUCUUCCAGUAGACCUAAACAUCGUCAGUCUUCGUGUGUUUCCCAUUCCCGAAGGCGCCGGCAAGGGCGUUGGUAUGGUGCUGCAUCAGUCGGCCUUGGACUUUUGCUUCAACAACUCCCAUCUGCGACACUUCAACGUCUCGGAAUCGGGGGAAAUCGACUUGACCAAGUUUCUCAACGACAUGGAAGACUGGACUAUAAGUAAAGCGCCUCUUACGUUCCACAAUGUGGGUCCGUCUCUGAAAUCGCCUAUUGUAAAUUUGUGCCCACAUCAAAUAUUGCCGAUUUUGUUUCACAAGACGCAGUCUUAAAUCAUUAGGAGACAAGGAAAAUAUAAAAGAAAAACUCAGUCUUGUA